UAUGGAUUCGUGUUGUGUAAUCUGAGCAUGUGCCCACUUGUAUACAAUAAAUUCUAACCUAAAAUUUACUUAUGUCAAUAUUAAUCUUCGAUUAAGAAAUAUAUAAAUAAAUUCAUUAAAUACUAUGGCUAUGCAAGUUCCUGCUGAAGUUAAUGCAGAAGAAAUCAAGUCUUUUAAAGACUUCAUAAUGUCGUACAAUAAACUAUCAGAGAUUUGUUUUAUCGACUGCAUAACUGAUUUUACUACACGAGAUGUAAAAGCGAAGGAGGAAAAAUGUGCGCUUAAUUGUAUGGAAAAGUAUUUAAAAAUGAAUCAAAGAGUCUCGCAACGAUUCCAAGAGUUUCAAAUAAUUGCCAAUGAAAAUGUAUUAGCAGCUGAAAAGAAACUGGGACGAAAUUAAUGUUGGAGAAAAAUACACGCAUUCGUCCCGAUGUUAAAAAAAAAAUCUAUUGUGCUUGGACUAUUCAAAUAUGAUUUUUAAUGUAAGAUACAUUUUUUAAAUUAAGUUUUAAUAUGUCAUUGAUUGCGUAUAACACAUUAUAACAAAUGCUGUAAUAUUCAAAGAAAUCAUUCCAAUGAUCGUUUCCUUAA